CUUCCAAGCCGCCGCCGCCGCCGGCACCGCGUCGUCAUCCUACCCAUCAUCGACAGGAACCGAAACCGACAUCGAGAUGGCAGCCGCCCAGGCGGAGCAGUACCUCGCCUACCUGCGCGCGCAGCGCACCUACGUCACGCUGCUGGAGCGCUACAACCCCGGCAUGGGCAUGGACGAGGAGGAGCGCGUGCGGCUGACCGCGCGGCGGGUCGGGUUGGAUCUGCCGGUGGAGUAUUCUGGGGAUGAAGAGGGGAAGGGAGAAGGUGUGCCGGGGAGGAAGUAAGCUGGCUGGGACGGGAGUUGAAAUGUACCGUGUACUGCUUGGAUCCAUUUGUUUGGCGUUCGGCGAACGGGGUUGGACACUUGGGGACAGGAUAGAUUUUUGGAGGGUUGGGGAGCGGGUUGUUGUUGAGGGAUACUUGGUAGGUUGCUCUGGACUCGGUACAUACACCGUUUCUUGAAGGGAGGCCGGUGUGUUGCUGACAUUUUCCGGCAGUACAUCCGGGGAGGCUGUUGAUAGCAUCAAGGGCUGUACAAAACUUGUACUGAAGAACAUGAAAGAGAAAUGCGCAAGCAGUCAUCCCAGAGAGGGCUGUUGGACUGAGUGAGGGAAAGGGCUUGUAGAACCUGGGAUCUCUGGCUAGUUGGUGUGUCGGGGAAAUCCCAACAAACCCCCCCGUGCAGCCGUCAACGAAAGCCCGGCAGGCACAGAAUUCAAGCCGCGUCAUCUGGUCUGUUCGUUGUAUGUAUGCUGGCUACACAGCUGGUCUCGUCGUGACAAGCCUGCCGCACAGAAGGAUGGAUGUGAAUCGAAGUAGGUAACAAACCGUCCGCCUGAGUCUUGCCCUAUGCUCUCCAUAACAGAUCCUCCGAGUUAUGCAUUGGUGUGUCAUUCCAUCGUUUCCCGUAAGUUUGUAGAAGACAAAGGAAAGGGAAAGGAA